AUGUCUAUGAGCAUUAAAGAUUGCGCUCAAAGUCGAGAUGGCUUCCCUCGUCCAUUCCCGGGUACGCCUUCAAAUGUGUUGGAACAAUUUAAAAUGAACGGAAAGGUGGUGGUCGUUACGGGGGCUGCCGAUGGACUUGGCCAUGCGAUAUCACAGUCUAUGGCCGAAGCCGGUGCUGAUGUUGCCCUGUGGUAUAAUUCAAAUGACGUCGCUAUCGAGAAAGCCCAAGUCCUAGCAAAGGAGCAUGGUGUAAAGGCCUUGGCUUACAAGGUCGAUGUUUCGGAAUCCACUCAAGUCUCCGAGACAGUUGCAAAGGUCGUGGCCGAUUUCGGCAAGAUUGACGUGUUCGUUGCCAAUGCAGGCAUGGCGAUCUCCAAGCCUAUCUUAGAGCAAACUCUAGAUGAGUACCGGAAGCAGAUGUCCGUGAAUGUUGAUGGCAUUGUGUAUUGUUCGAAAUAUGCUGGUGAAUUAUUCGCACGGCAGGGUCAUGGCAAUCUCAUCAUUACCUCGAGUAUGAGCGGACACAUUGUCAAUGUUCCCACUGACCAGCCUGUCUAUAAUGCGACCAAGGCGUACGUCACUCACUUUGGAAAAUCCCUUGCUCGUGAAUGGCGGGAUUUCGCGCGAGUCAACAUCGUCUCGCCAGGUUUCUUCGAUACAAAGAUGGGAGCAGGUCCCUCGGCCCUUCAGGAGGCAUACCGCAUGUCGUCACUUGGAAGGCAAGGCCACGUGAAAGAAAUCAAGGGAUUGUAUCUAUACCUUGCCAGUGAUGCGUCUACCUUCAUGACCGGAAGUGAUGUACUCAUCGACGGGGGAUAUGUUUUGCCAUAG